AGCACCUUCUAUCUUCCCUCCCUGCCUUCCCCGUCUCUCCGUCUCCUUCUGCUGCUCCUACCAUGUUACCACUUAACACUACCGUCCCAGAGAGGGGAAGCGUCCUGCGAGACGCCGCCGGCGCGUGCGGAAAAAAGGCUGGCGGGCCGAUCGGCCCAAACAUGUUUUUGCCCGGUUUUUGUUGAAGAGACGAAGAGACAGAAGGCAAAGGAAGAAGACGACGGAGACGGGGAAAGAAGGAAACAGAGCCAGAGCCAGGGCGAUAGAGGUAACAGGAUGUCUGUACAGAAGCUGAACGCGGUGGAGCUGCAGCAGGGGACGGCGGCAAGUGCGUCGUGGCACCGGGACUACGCGGACACGAACACGGUGUACGUCGGAAACCUACCGGCAGAGCUGAACGAGCACGAUCUUCUGAUCCUGUUCUCGCAGUACGGGGUGCCGACGGCGGUGAGGCUGGCGCGGGACCCGCAGACAGGCCGCAGCAAGCGGUUUGCGUUCCUCACGUACGAGGCGUGGGAGAGCACGGUGCUGGCGGUGGACAACUUCGACAGCUGGAACGUGACGCCGCAGCACCGGCUGCGGGUGAACCACGCGUACUACAAGGGCCGGGGAGGCGGCUCUGGCGCUGGGGACGACGAGGCGGCCCGGUGGGAGCGGGCGGUGCAGGCGGAGCUGCUCGACAAGGACUUUGCCUAGCGUGGCACAUGGCUGGUGUAAACUGUACAUCUUCUAUAGCUACAUCGGAGUAAGAGAAGGACCGAGCGGGCGCUGCCCGCCGGCAGCAGGCGUGCUUGUCGGCGGCACUAUGCAGGGGGCAUCGGCUGG